AUGUACCCCAGCCUUCCCAGGGCCCCGGUUCCGGCCCCACCUGCCAGGCCCCGGGCCGCCCCGCCCCCGCCGCGGCCGGCUUCCAUCCCCGGCCCCGCACCCCGCGCUCGCCGCCACCGGGGGCCUGUCGCUCGCGGCUCCUGCGAGCGACCUGUUUCCGGUGGGGCAAGGGCGUCUCCGCCGCGGCCCAGCCCCGGCGCGCUCAGCAUCGCCGGCGGCGGCCAGAUGCAGGCGGAGCGAGGAGCUCGGGGCGGCCGCGGACGCCGGCCGGGCCGCGACCGGCCGGGCGGGGACCGCGACCGCGAGCGGGCGGGAGCCGCAGCGGCGGUGGCGAGAGGCGGCGGGGACGGAGGCGGCCGCCGGGGUCGCGGUCGGGGCUUCCGCGGCGGCCGCGGAGGGCGAGGAGGAGGCGCCCCGCGAGGCGGCCGCCGGGAGCCAGGAGGCCGGGGCGCCUGGGCCAGAGCGCCGGUUGAAGAUGACAGUGAUGCAGAGACCUUUGGAGAAGAGAACGAGGAACAGGGAAAUUAUUCUAAAAGAAAGAUAGUCUCUAACUGGGAUCGAUAUCAAGAUAUUGAAAAAGAGGUCAAUAAUGAAAGUGGAGAAUCACAACGGGGGACAGACUUCAGUGUCCUCCUCAGCUCUGCAGGGGACUCAUUCUCUCAGUUCCGCUUUGUUGAGGAGAAGGAGUGGGAUGGUGAAGCGUCGUGUCCAAAACAGAAUUCGGCAUUUUAUGUGGACUGUGAGUCAUUGGUUCGCGCCCUUCAAGAACUGCCUCUCUCGCUCCGACUCAAUGUCGCUGCUGAAUUGGUCCAGACCACUCUUCCUUUAGAGCUUCCUCAGGUGAAACCAAAGAGAAAUGAUGAAGGCAAGGGACGAGGGAUGCAGUUAAAAGGGCCCUUGGGGCCUGGAGGAAGGGGGUCUGCUGAGCUGAAGUCUGUUGCUGCUGGCUGCCCCAUGUACCUGGGUAAAGAUAGCCCAGGUCCCACAAAGGGUUCCCUGCAGUCAGCAGCAGGCCCCUUGGAGGAAGAGUUAGAUCUGCUGCUGAGUUUAGAUGCACCUAUAAAAGAGGGAGAGAACAUCUUACCAGACCAGACAUCUCAGGACCGAGGAUCUGAGAAAGAUGGGGAGGUGGCCCCAGAAGAAAAAGCUCCUGCAGAGCCCUCUGUGGUGGAAGAAAAGAACGUGGAACCGGAGCAAGCAAGUACAUCAAAAACUGUUACCGAGGAAGAGCUCGAAGACUGGUUGGACAGCAUGAUUUCCUAACGUAUAGAAAGAAAAA